AUUAGAAUUUAGAAGAUGAGAGACCGGCUAAAGACAAGUCUGGCCUAAUAAAACUAAAUUCGUAUUGUUAUUAAGAAUUUUAGUGUUGUGUAACCAUUGUUUGCGAUCGAAAGAGUUUAAAUUAAUUGUUAUGGCAGCGUUGGUAUCUUUUAUUUUAUCUCUGUUUCGAAAUAGUACUAGAAAUCACUUUACGCAUGCUUUUGGAUUGCGUUUUCCUCCGGUGUUGCACAAAAUUGUUACUGAAAAUUUCAUUAAAAACUUUAAGGAAGUGUUCGUUAUUGGUGAUGUUCAUGGCUGUUUUGAUGAACUUAUUGAACUUCUAGAAAAAGCUGAUGUGACUAAGGAUAGUUGCCUUAAAAUAUUUGUUGGUGACCUGGUAAACAAAGGGCCAAAGAGUCUAGAAGUAGUUAGGCUUUUGAGAAAUACACCUUAUAGUACUCUUUGCGUACGGGGAAAUCAUGAUGAAGUUGUUCUUGAACUUUAUCACAAAAAGGUUAGCGGAGAACAUCACCUAACAAAACAUAGUGCUUGGAUCAACGAAUUUUCUGAGGAUGAUAUUGAUUAUCUUCAGAACUUACCUUAUACAAUAACCUUGCCUAGUUUGAAUGUCAUUGUCGUUCACGCUGGCUUAGUGCCAGGCUUACCCAUGGAAAGACAAGAUCCAAGACAUAUGGUGUCAAUGAGAAAUUUGACGAUAAAAGAUUAUUUUUGGGAAGGAGGGAUUCAGGCCACCAACAGUAACCAAGAAGGGGAACCCUGGGGAUCAUUGUGGCCAGGACCAGAACAUGUUUACUUUGGUCAUGAUGCACGUCGAUUACUACAGUUGUAUUCAUAUGCUACAGGCCUUGACACAGGUUGUGUUUAUGGUAAGGAGCUCACGGGGGUUUUUAUAGCUGGCCCAAGGAAGGGAACUUUUGUUUCUGUUACUGCACAGCACAUGUAUGAAAAACCAAAAGGCUGAUGGCAGUUAAUUUAGAUGAAUUAUGCUUCACUUUGUUCUGCAAUGAUGGUAGGUUUAGUGUGGUGACAAUCCAAUGAAGUCAUGGACCCAUCCUGUAAGAGAUUCUGGAGGUGAGUUAAUGUUGUGGGGUUAAUUUACAUGGCUUUAUUCUUUUUGAAUGGUUCAUAAUUUUGCUUGUGAAUAUUUGACCAUCUUAGCUGAAAAGAUGCACACCACAAUCCAAAUGAAGAUGGUUAUUUCUGGGACAAUAAUACUACCAGACAUAGAGCUCAAAUCAUUUCUGAUUGGCUCCUUGAGCAUGAUGCAAUCUUCCAACAUAAAAGCUGGCUGCAAAGUUCCCUGGUCCCAAUCCCACUAAGAAUCUAUAGUACGAUCUAUCAUUAUGAUCAACUGUACCUGAAUUGGAGAUGAUAUUAACUAAGGAAUAAAGUUGGACAAUUAGAGGAAUUUGCUAAUUGAUAAAUCAUCAGGCUUAUCAAUCAGUUACGUUCAACUAAUUGAUUAUUCUCACUUGGGAUGAAAAAAUUUCAAUACUUGUGAUGGGCAGAGCACAGAUAGUCCAUUGUUUAGCUUUGCACUUAACAACAAACAUAAUGGAAAUACUUUGGUAACUUGGAUAAUUGGAAUAAUCUGAAACAUAAAUUUCUAUUCUCUCUAAAGUACCAUGUCUGGGCAGAAUGUUACCAAUCGUGACCUUCCACAGAUUCUUAUCCUUUGUUUUUCUCAACACUUCUGCUUCACUCACAUUCAUCCCUGUGGUGAGACUACUGAUUUUAGUCACUCUUGAUGUACUUCUACUUUAUUUCCCUCCAGUUACUUUUAAAUCUUGUUGCUUGUCUUUUCUCAUUACGUGUCACAGGAACUGGAGUUGUCUUCUUCUAAUUGUUGUUGUCAUAUCCCUGUGUGUUUCUGCUCUUUUCAUUACCUCCUCACUCAUCACAUGAUAUGUACAUGAUGCCCUCAACAUUUUUCUGUAAAACCUCAUCUCAAUUGCUUGUAGUCUCCUUUCCAGAGUUGUCCAAUUAGGAUAUAAUUUUCAUGACAUUAAUGAUCUAAUCGUAAUUUCUAUUAAUUGAUUAUUUUGUAAUACUAAUUGCUGCUUAUAGGUAAACAAUUAAUCACCCAGCUCUGCUAAGGAAUGGUCAAAGAUGGAAGUAAAUGCUUUCCAGGUAUUAGUGGAAUGAGUUCCCUGUUAUGAAUAAACUGUAAUCAAGGCAGAUGAUAACUCAACAAGUUAUUAUGUCAGGUUUUUUUUAAUAUUUUGGUCAUGGAGCAUACAUGUGUAGUCUACAUACGCACAUACAGGAUUAUUAGUAUUCAGUCAAGGUUUAAAUGUUUAAUUUAAGUGUUUGGUUUGAAUGUUUAGAGAGAUUAGUUUAAACUUGAUAGUCCUUGAGGCUUUUUUUUAUUGUUUGGUUGAUACUUGUGUUUAGAAGAGGAAAUUAUGCUGAUAAAUUUGUAAUAUUGUUCAAAAAAUACAAAAUAUACAUAUAUAUAAAACUUCCCAAAAGUUUAACUAUAUGAUACUGCCUACUUUAAGCAAUUUAAAACAAAUAUGUUGUUAAAAUAUGAAAAAAAUCAAAUUAUGAUAUUUUUUGUGAUGUAUUGAAGAAGAUACUGGCUGUGAAAUUUGAAUGUAUCUUUGUAUGUUAUGAACAAAAAAACAUAAAAUCAAUAAUUGUCUGUUUUAUAUUCGAUUGAUGGAGUAAUUUAGGCUUAGGUUAUCUACCUUAUUUUCUUUUGACCAUUAAAUGUUUAUGUAAAUAUUUAUAUUUAUUACCAAACAAAACUUUAGAUAAGUAGAAUGAGAAAUAUAACUGGUGAAUUAUAUAUAAAGUUUGUUUUAUUUACUCAGAGAAGAAAGUUAUAUUUU